AAUCAGCAAUCCGUAUUUUCCGCGCUCCGCACCGCAGCUGCAUAGCAUAAAAUAUCACAAAAUACAAGUCACACGUGGCAGUGAAUAAUGCGUAGCUUUUGUAUCAAUUAGAAAAUCAGUUUUUUUUCUACUAAUCCGUACUAAUUAUUUAUAAAAUUCGGGAAACGCCUGUGUAAAUGUAUUGUCGUCGCGCAAUUACAUGUUGUGAUGUAGUUCCCGCUUUCGCGGGAAGCAACGUCCGUAACCUCAAAACUUGUUUUUGAUAUAUGUACGUAAAAUAUGAAAACACGUCUUAUCUUAUUGUACGAUUGCUGUGGUUAUUGUUACAUCAACAUUAGAGUGUGAAGGAACUUCAAGUGCAGCUUUCAGGUUUUUUCUGGUACAAAAAUGAGUCAACUCACAGAAACUAACUGCGAGGUUCGCAAAACUAUAAGCUUCGAGCUGCCGCUGUGGAAGUCAUCGGAUUUUCAAGUUCAGGACGGCACAGGACAAAACGAUGCCUCAAAUGACCCAAGCUUCCAACACACGUUGGGUGGCUUCUUGAACAGUGACUGCAACUAUGCCUGGAUGAGCUGCAACAAAAGUCUAAUUGUAGUGGAUGUCUCGUCUGGUGAAUACGUAUCAACGUGGACUUUUUCCGAUAAGAUCACCACUGUCUCAGCCUUUCCUGCUCAACAAGGGUGUGUGCCACUGCUUCUUGUUGGGCUUGACAAUGAUGCUAUAAGAAUUAAAGAUUCUGUUGGACAACUGUGUAUUUUUGAUUGUUGCACAUGUAAAAUUUUAACUACCAUUCAAGUACCAGCUGGUGUUGAAAAAGCAUGUGUGAUCCAUGGAGGGGCUGACUGGGAAGAUUUCAAUGAAAAAAGACCAGACACAGCUUUACCAGACAAUAGUGGAUUGAUCUUUGUUGCUCUCAGAAAUUUACAGCACAUUAUGAUAGAUAUCAAUAGAGAUUUGUGGUCAAAAUCAUGUUAUGGUGAAAAGCCCAUUACAGCCUGCCUAGAAUUCGUUAAUACAAUUUCUUCAUCUGCAGUGCUACACUCAAAAAGUAAUAAAGUAGAAUUGACAUAUUUGGCCCAUGAUUUGUUAAGUAAAGAAAUUGAACAGUACAUAGGUUUCGACAGACAAGACUUUGAGGCUACUCCACUUUAUGAUGAAAGUCUCUGUACAGUUUUACUUAGUUCCACUAAGAUUGGUUGUCUUGUAACUGGCUGCUUAGGUCGAGUCAUAAUCUGGCAUUUUGACGGUUCCAUUGCCUGGAUAAGUCCGACCUUUGACGAGAAUGCAUAUGUAACUCAAGCUGCUCUUCUCGAACCUUCAGAUGAUCCUAAACCUUUUUAUUAUCUGUGGAUCGUUUGUCAGGGUGAUGCACCAGAUUCCGUGGCAGUGCUGCGCAUGUACAUGUUGAUGUUUAAAAACAAGAUCAAUGACAAGUCGGGUGAAAACUCGAGUUUAUAUUUCAACUUGGAGUCCGAUCCAAGUUUAAAAUUUGAGCUUGAACUAGAACAAAAUGAACGCGUACACAGUCUGGUGGCCAUCGAGCGAGGUAAUCCACGCGACGCGUCUGAUGUUGGUUCACGCCGAGGUGAGGACAGCCUAUUGUUAAUCGGUACCGAAGAGCGAGUAUUGUUAUUUGAUUUGAAUCGAUGGUACAAGGAACAGAUGCCGUGUACAAUGUCUGGGUGUCGCAAUCCUAAUAGCAUUUUGGCGUGCUACAAAACGCGACAAGAUGAAGUUCCACGAGAAGAGAUAAUUUCUUGCUUAUACAAGCCUAGAACUUUGAGAGAAUUUCCUAACAAGAGUCCACACUCGCCAGAGGAGUUAUUUUUUCCAAAUUCACUGAAAUUCGAGUGGGUGGAUUUAACAGAGAAAAAUUUAGUUUUCUGGCUUACCCGAGGUGUGCAGUCAGAGCUUCUCCGGGAGAUCACCAUGGCUGGCCCUAUUGUAUUGGUCAUGCCCACUGAGACUUACCGAAGGUGUCUUUGUGCUGGCCUGGUGCCGUUCGACUCGGCCCCUCAAGACUACAGUUUAGAAGUAGAGCAAUCAGUAGCGCGAGAAAUGCUGCUGUCGUUAUGCCUAGAGCAACGGUGGGCCAAUUUCUUACUGCGCUGUGCUAUCGAGUGGUCGGAUGGCAGUGCAGCUUACCUAUACUCAGAAUUCCUGCGGUGGAGCGUGAAACGUGCAUCUGAAAUCAAACUAAUGACCGAUCGUUUGUGCGUGCCAUUAUUUGAUCAGUCGGGUACCAAUAUUGGCGAGUCUGAGGUCAGAACUUUAAGGUACUGUGUUCAGCAACUCGAGUGUCUGGUCAUCGUAGUAUCCAAGUUGCCCAAUGCUCAAGUCGAUUUGGCUAAACACAGGAGGGCCCUUAAAAGAAUAGCAACGUAUCUUCAAGUUGUCUUGUGGUUUUAUGAUGUUGGUUUGUUGCCGGAAAUUCAAGAUGUCGACGAAGACGACGACAUGCAAAUUUCAGCGUUUGCAAAAAUUCCGUACCCAAGAAACAAACUGAUAGAAUCUUACAAGAGGAAAAGACGAAAUGAUUGCAACGAGGAAAAUAAAGAAGAUGAUAUUUUGUUUAUUGAUCAAAUGAUUGCGAGGAAUUGUCUACCGCUCAAAGUACAAUGGAAACAGGAGACUGACAGUGAUUGUCCAAAUCAAGGAGGUCUUUAUCCUCCUCCAUCGAUCCAGUCUUUGCUGAGAAGUUUUUUAACCGACUGUUAUUGCGAAGAAAAAAGUGAUGAAGAGGAGGAGGAGGAAGAUAGUCAAUUACCCGAGACGUUCACUAAACACUGUAUCGUCAUCUACUUGCUUAUGGAUCUUUGCAUGAUUCUGAAAGGCACAAAUCCAGCAGUCGAUCGACUUAUCGAGUAUCCUGCAGCUUUCAAGUUGAGUCCUAGUCUUAUUAAACUCACCCAGGCUUUUUGGCUUCUCGAUCACGAAGAUUACGACUGCUUUUUUAACAUCAUGACAAGUCAAAUUGUUUCCAGUAAUGACAUCAAAGACUGGCAGCAUAAACUCGCUUUAAAUUCACUGUUAAAAAACGAUCAGCACAAAUUAGCUCUAAAUUACCUGCUCAUAAUUAAACCACCGCUGUCGUCCGCCGACGACCAGGGCAUAAUAAUCGAUCUUGCGGUAGAACAGGGUCUUGUAGAGUUGGCAUUCCAUGCACGACCGCCCUCGCACUAUGGCCAGUUACUCACACGUUUCUUCCACGCAUGUAAAACACAUGGAAAACUCAAGGACAUUUUACGGCUUACCUUAGAUCCGGAAGAGGAAAAAGCUUUCGAUAAAUAUCUCCAAGAAAAUGGUAACGAAGAAAUCAGAUUGAUCCACUACUUGCUGAGGGGCCGAUACACAGAAGCCAACAAUAUUUUUUCCAUAAACUCAAACUUUCACCUAUAUCAAUCAAUGGCUGGGGAGAUGAACAUUCAGUCGAACGCUCUGAAUUUACUGAAAGCAUUUAACAAAACCUUGCCCGAAAUCACAAAACUCUUUGCAAAUAGCUUGAGCAAAAAUACCACCACUUCGGCCAACGGACGACAAUUCGUGCCAUAUUCUAUGAUGACCAGCAACAACGAGCGACGCGGCUUCUAUCCCAAGCCGAUGUCGCAGUCUCGAGACGAAACUGGUGAUAUUUACGACCUGGCUGUUCGAAAGACUCGUGAGACGUGUCUUCGGCCUGACCGAGGUGGGCUCGGUACGUCGAAUUACAUACCUUUCCUUACACCACCUUGCGCAACAAUUAAUUUUGGACCCAAGUUCGCUAGUCAGAUAAACGGUGAGGGUGAUGCCACUUGUGUUACGUAUCCGAAACGGAAGGUAUUCACGGGCAAGAGGACUCUGAGAACGAUGAUUGGGUCUGUAGAAAGCGUCAACGAUGAAAUUGACAAGAAGAGACGAAAGCUCAAUGAUGAAUCAAGAGCUCCAAAAUUAAAUGAUUCGGAUCAAUUGGAAUCAGUUAACAGCAGUGAUCCAUUAAAUCUUCGUAGGCUUAGUAUGAGUCAGGUGUGCAGUACACCGCUAGUGCGGCGGAAAGAGACCGGUAAAAUGAACAACUUGUAUCCUGAAACGCCUCAUUCAAUUCUAAAAAUUCGUCGUAAGUCGCGUUCACCCAGUUAUAAUUUCGCUCAGGGUGAUGUGAUCGGUGAAGAGGAUAUGUCAAGAACACAUUUGAUGCCGAAUAAUUUUAAGUCUUUGCGGCAAAUCCAUUUCAGCGUAGACAGGCUGAGUGGAAAUGACAAUACGAGUUUAUCUGCUUAUGAAACGCAUAAUGAAGAGGAUACCACUGGUAGUAGUAAAAACACUGGGGAAGAAUCCCGUCCUGAAGAAAGUUACCAUAGUCCUAACUUAACUGAAAAGUCAUUUAGAGAUAAGACAAUUUUAUCAGAGACGAGUAUGGUUUACCUCGGUGGACCUCGGCCGAGACCAAGUUUACGAAGAAGUGACAGUAACAACUCUUCUGAUACGAGCGUGGAAACUUCGCAAUCGAAAGUACUAUCUACGUUGCACAGUGUUGAACCUGAUGAAAAUGAAAGUGAAGAAUCAGUGGAACAGCCUGAAGAAGAUACACAAGUUGUUACGAAAGUCACAGAAAGUGAAUUUGAUAAAGAAUGUUUGUUGGAUAGAGAUCAAGAAAAAGAAGAAAAGAAAUAUCAAGAACACUAUGAGAUGGAGGUUGAUGAGGAAGAGGACUGCGAAAGACUGGUUUCUACAAAUACAUUCCGCAAAGCUAAUACAAGCAAAGACCACCAGCAGCUAGAAAAUUUAGAAGAAAGGAUGGAAAAUAGUGAAGAGGAUCUCGACGAUGAAUCAUUUCAAAGUAUUUCAAACUCUUUUGUUGAGAAAGCUGAAAAGGAAGACAAUGGCACGCAGCUUAGAGAUACUUCAGGGAUGAUCCAAAACGAAGAAUAUGAAACAGAUCGUUCGUUUGAUGAAAAUCGCUUAACUGAAAACUUGAUUCCAGAUGAAAGGGAUGACAGUAUCGGUUAUAGUCUAACGAAACCAAUUUUCAUUAAUAGUCAGGGUAUCGUUGGUUUCCAAGACGAAAAAUACGAUAUUACUGACGACGAGUCAAUAGACGGAGAAGAGAACGUUCCACAUAUAUCUAUAAAAUUGACGCGAGUAACCGAAGUAGUACAAAAAGAUGAAGAAAAUGAUUUUGUUCUCAGUUUUUCAAAUUCUGAUAGUUCUGGUGAUGGACAAAGAAAAGUCAAAAAUCUUCCAUCUAAAACAGUGAAAGAAAAAUCCGGGCAGCUCCAAAACGUUGAAAAAAAACAUGAAAAUCAAUUAAAAAAUUCAUUCAUAUCUGAAGAACAGAAAUUAUCGCCCGAAUCUAAUUUAAGUAGAAAAAAUCAAGUGAUUUUGGAACCAAAGAAAAAAGUCUCUCCCCGACGUUCAAUCAGAUCCGUAUCCACAAGUUCAUUACUAAAUGAACUUAGAGAAGAUUGUAAUAUUUUGACUUUACCAAACAACCCGCUUUUUGAGUCGACAGGCGAUGAUAACGAGGAGCAGUCUGGCAAAUCAGCUUCUACAAAGCCGACUCGAGGCCGACCAAAAAAAGUCGUAAAAUCGCCAGAGUCAUCAAAGUUGACCCCUCAAAAGUCAACAACACGCACGACGAGAGCUGGAUCAUCUUCCAAAGACGUGGCACCUACAGCAAAGUCUACUAGAAAAACGAGAGCUGCAUCCAUUACCAAGGAAAAUGUUGGUUCGGAAACUGAUGAAAUGGCUGAUCAACAAUUAUCUACGAUACGGUCGUCGAGAGUAUCUACGACUCAAAAAAAUACUUCGAUAAUUGCUGACAAACGCACAAAGGCCGGAUCGGUAUCCAAGGAUGAUGAACAAGUCACAUCUAGUAGUAAAAAGACGAGAGCCACAUCAGUACUUGCAAACAAUGAUUUGCCAUCGGCUCACACUAGAAGUAGAAUAACAAAAUCUGUAGGUAAAGAUGAAAAAGAAUUGACGAAAAUAAGAUCAACGAGAGCAGGGUCCAUAUCUAAUGACGAACAGCAACCCACUAUCACUAGAAAAAAAAGAGCAGGAUCAGUAGCCAAGGAAAAUGACCAGACUACAUCCACAGCGAAAGAAGAUGAAAAACCGAGUACGAGGAAAACGCGAGCUUCAUCACUGUCAAAGGAAACGAGCAAAGAUGUCACCGAUGUGAGUACCGUAGAAAGAAGAUCAACUAGGGCGUCAUCCAUAGCCAAAGAUAAUCCUUUGGAGGAACAAGAAGUUAGAAAAAAGCAGACAAGUAAAAAGCGUGGCAGCUCGUUACCAAAAGAGAUUCCUUGCACACUUAAAGUAACCAAGCAACAAGGAGUUCGAUCCUCGGUGAGUCUUAUGAAAGAAGUAAUUCCGGAAGAAAGUGGAUCUUUCACAGAAUCACCAGUCAGGACAGAGAAUAUACGAGCACCGCAGACUACGAAACCUUCCAGUUCGAUACCCAAAACUCGUAGUCGUCGUUCCUCCAUCCAAUCUGUACCCGGAGACCUCGAAGAAAUCCUGAAUGUGCCGGACACCAUAAAGUCAACAGGUAUAGCGGCAAAAAGGGAUACGAUAGGUCGAGGUCGUAGAGCGACGAGCGUCGAUUCAGUGGUGAGUGUGCCCGCAGGUAGGCGUGUAACACGCAGUUCACGUACCAAAGCGACCAUUAACGAAGUCAUACCUGAAGAGUUGACGCCAGUGAAACAGCCGAGAAAAAGAAGACGUGCUACGUCUGUCAGUAGUAAUGAAGCUAAAAAAGUCGAAGUACUUGAUAAACUCGAGCAUGUUGAAAGUAAUGAUUAUAAAUUUUCGUCUCCAGAGAAAGGUGAAGAUGUUCCAGGUACCUCUGAAGGUGGUAAUCAAACGCCAACUUUCGAAUUUUCACAUCCGGCCGGAUUACAGAAAUUUCUCACGCCAAUUCGCUUUGAUGAGGAAUACGAUGAUGAGGCAACGAACGUCCUGGAGCAAGGUGAGACUGGCAAUGUAAAAAAACCUUUGGCAAAAACUCAACGACAACCGCGAACCUGUUUUGUAAUGCCUAAAAUGGCGAAAAACAAAGGAAAAUGAUGUAAAAAUCAUGUUU